GCCGUAGGUGUUCCCUGUCAGGAAUCUACGCGGAGGCAUGUCUGCUGUGGCCAAAUGUGUUCAUUCGUUCAUAUCUCACAAACCUUGUCCUGGAGGUGCACUCGGGCCCGGGUUCUUCCUCCUGUGCGGUGCCAAGCCCUCCUCCACCACGCAUGAUGGUGUGUUCUCCGUGACUCUUCCUCCUAGAGCACCGCUGCCCGCCCUGACGGCGGUUCCCCACAGUCAGAUUGAGUAUCCCUUAUCUGAAAUGCUUGGGACUAGAAGUGUUUCAGAUUCUGAUCUUUUUGGAUUUUGGCAUAUUUGAAUAUGCAUAAUUGGAUAUCUUGGGGAUGAGACUUAAGUGUAAACACAAAAUUCUUUUCAUAUACACCUUAUACACAUAGCCUGAAGGUAAUUUUAUGCAAUAUUCUUAAAUAUUUUGUGCAUGAAACAGAGUUUUGACUGUGACCCGUCACGUGAGGUCAGUUGGAGAAUUUUCCUCUUGUGGUGGUAUGUUGGUACUCAGAAAGUUUCGGAUUUUGGAGCAGUUUGGAUUUUUGGAUUAGGGAUGCUCCAUUUGAAUAUCCUUUUUAUAUACAGCACAUGGUCAGUGCUGACUAAACUUAGUAUUGCAUGAAUGAAUGAAAACCAAAGGUCAUUUACUAAGCGUGCUACUAUUUCAGAAGCCUCUUUUUCCUAAUUUGGUUCUAUGGUCAGUGGUUUAAUAUUUCAAGUGCUCUGACCACGUAAUGGUUGUUACCACACUGUGAAGGUGGCUGGGUGUUCAGUGAUUGCUGCCCACAGAGGACCUGGAAGUGCUUGCUGUACUUGGUUUUCUGGAAUGGAAAUCAUGGCUCAUUCCCAGGAGCCCCUGAGCAGGGGCUUUGAGUCUGGUGCUAAGCAGCAGAUGUGCAGAUUCCCGCAGGGCGUACCUGAGCCCGGAGAGGGGGCGUCGUAGCGCACAGAGCACUGUUUCCGCAUUCCCACCCCGCACGGCCAGUUGUCACAGCCAUCCUCCAGUAAAAACCAGAAACCAGUCAACCUCUAUGAGACAGGUAGGAAAUCUAGAAAAAGCCUCAGGUGUUCACAGCAUUUUUUAAAGAUUCUUUAAAAAUCUUUGUGAUUGGAAAGACUGCUUCCUGUGCCAGAGAGUCUCUCUCCAGCGCUUUUGCUUCUGAGGUUGGUAGCUUUCAGAAAGACUGCAAUGCAGCGGUUACCAAAGUCCUUGUUAAUAUGGAAACAACUCGUGGUGAAGCCUUUUGCUCCCCUUCACAACUGCUGACUGUUGCCUGCAGUCGGAAGGAGGAGAUAAUGAAGGUAAUACUCCUCCGGACCUGGCAGUUUAGUGAUUAGAACGUACGCGAUUCUGUGAAUGCUGUGGCUGGCACAGCAUGUCCUGCAGCAGCUCUGUCAACUUACUGAUGCAGUGGGCUUCCUGGGAACGUGAAGCUGAAGAUGUCUUUGCAGUUUGUGCACGAUAAUUUUGUUUUCAUCUGUCUGUUCAGAUGGUGGAUUAUAAGAAGAUGAGGAAAAUGAGGCCCAAAGAAGUGAUGCCACUUGGUUAAGGUCCCAGAGCAGGUCAGAAUCAGACCUAGGAUCAGAAACCUGGCUCCUGGCUCCUGGCUCCUGGCUCCCUACUCUUCUAAGGAUCGCUGUCCUGACAGAAGAGAACUCCUCUUUCCUAAAAUGGAGUCGAGUAAAAAGAUGGACUCUCCUGGCGCGCUGCAGACUAACCCGCCGCUAAAGCUGCACACUGACCGCAGUGCUGGGACGCCAGUUUUUGUCCCUGAACAAGGAGGUUACAAGGAAAAGUUUGUGAAGACCGUGGAGGACAAGUACAAGUGUGAGAAGUGCCACCUGGUGCUGUGCAGCCCGAAGCAGACCGAGUGUGGGCACCGCUUCUGCGAGAGCUGCAUGGCGGCCCUGCUGAGCUCUUCAAGUCCAAAAUGUACAGCGUGUCAAGAGAGCAUUGUUAAAGAUAAGGUGUUUAAGGAUAAUUGCUGCAAGAGAGAAAUUCUGGCUCUUCAGAUCUAUUGUCGGAAUGAAAGCAGAGGUUGUGCAGAGCAGUUAACGCUGGGACAUCUGCUGGUGCAUUUAAAAAAUGAUUGCCAUUUUGAAGAACUUCCAUGUGUGCGUCCUGACUGCAAAGAAAAGGUCUUGAGGAAAGACCUGCGAGACCACGUGGAGAAGGCGUGUAAAUAUCGGGAAGCCACGUGCAGCCACUGCAAGAGUCAGGUUCCGAUGAUCGCGCUGCAGAAACACGAAGACACCGACUGUCCCUGCGUGGUGGUGUCCUGCCCUCACAAGUGCAGCGUCCAGACUCUCCUGAGGAGCGAGUUGAGUGCACACUUGUCAGAGUGUGUCAAUGCCCCCAGCACCUGUAGUUUUAAGCGCUAUGGCUGCGUUUUUCAGGGGACAAACCAGCAGAUAAAGGCCCACGAGGCCAGCUCCGCCGUGCAGCACGUCAACCUGCUGAAGGAGUGGAGCAACUCGCUCGAAAAGAAGGUUUCCUUGUUGCAGAAUGAAAGUGUAGAAAAAAACAAGAGCAUACAAAGUUUGCACAAUCAGAUAUGUAGCUUUGAAAUUGAAAUUGAGAGACAAAAGGAAAUGCUUCGAAAUAAUGAAUCCAAAAUCCUUCAUUUACAGCGAGUGAUAGACAGCCAAGCAGAGAAACUGAAGGAGCUUGACAAGGAGAUCCGGCCCUUCCGGCAGAACUGGGAGGAAGCAGACAGCAUGAAGAGCAGCGUGGAGUCCCUCCAGAACCGCGUGACCGAGCUGGAGAGCGUGGACAAGAGCGCGGGGCAAGUGGCUCGGAACACAGGCCUGCUGGAGUCCCAGCUGAGCCGGCAUGACCAGAUGCUGAGUGUGCACGACAUCCGCCUAGCCGACAUGGACCUGCGCUUCCAGGUCCUGGAGACCGCCAGCUACAAUGGAGUGCUCAUCUGGAAGAUUCGCGACUACAAGCGGCGGAAGCAGGAGGCCGUCAUGGGGAAGACCCUGUCCCUUUACAGCCAGCCUUUCUACACUGGUUACUUUGGCUAUAAGAUGUGUGCCAGGGUCUACCUGAACGGGGACGGGAUGGGGAAGGGGACGCACUUGUCGCUGUUUUUUGUCAUCAUGCGUGGAGAAUAUGAUGCCCUGCUUCCUUGGCCGUUUAAGCAGAAAGUGACACUCAUGCUGAUGGAUCAGGGGUCCUCUCGACGUCAUUUGGGAGAUGCGUUCAAGCCCGACCCCAACAGCAGCAGCUUCAAGAAGCCCACUGGAGAGAUGAAUAUCGCCUCUGGCUGCCCAGUCUUUGUGGCCCAAACUGUUCUAGAAAAUGGGACAUAUAUUAAAGAUGAUACAAUUUUUAUUAAAGUCAUAGUGGAUACUUCGGAUCUGCCCGAUCCCUGAUGAGUAGCUGGGGAGGUGGAUUUAGCAGAAGGCAACUCCUCUGGGGGAUUUGAACCGGUCUGUCUUCACUGAGGUCCUCGCGCUCAGAAAAGGACCUUGUGAGACGGAGGAAGCGGCAGAAGGCGGACGCGUGCCGGCGGGAGGAGCCACGCGUGAGCACACCUGACACGUUUUAUAAUAGACUAGCCACACUUCACUCUGAAGAAUUAUUUAUCCUUCAACAAGAUAAAUAUUGCUGUCAGAGAAGGUUUUCAUUUUCAUUUUUAAAGAUCUAGUUAAGGUGGAAAACAUAUAUGCUAAACAAAAGAAACAUGAUUUUUCUUCCUUAAACUUGAACACCAAAAAACACACACACACACACACGUGGGGAUAGCUGGACAUGUCAGCAUGUUAAGUAAAAGGAGAAUUUAUGAAAUAGUAAUGCAAUUCUGAUAUCUUCUUUCUAAAAUUCAAGAGUGCAAUUUUGUUUCAAAUACAGUAUAUUGUCUAUUUUUAAGGCCUCA